UCGAGGGGCAGCGGUGCCCGCCCUGCGCGGCGCGCGGCUCAGAGUCGGCGGCGCUGGCCAUGCCGGGCGGCGCGGCGGCGCGGAGCUGAGCCCAGCCCAGCGCGGGGCUGAAGGGCAGCGGCGGCGCCGCAGCUUCUCCCGCGUGCUCUACCCCGCGGCGCGCAGGGAUGGAGGCUGGGAAGCGAAGCUCUUCUGCCGGCAGCCGGGACGAUGGCAGCGCGAACGCUUUCCCGGCCAAACCGGCGGCCCCGGCGGAGAAAGCGCAAAGCAGCCCCGGCGUGAAGGAGCACGGCAACUCGGUGUGCUUCAAAGUGGACGGCGGCGGGGGCGAGGAGCCCGCGGUGGGCUUCGAGGAUGCCGAGGGUCCCCGGCGGCAGUACGGCUUCAUGCAGCGGCAGUUCACCUCCAUGCUACAGCCCGGGGUUAACAAAUUCUCCCUCCGCAUGUUCGGCAGCCAGAAGGCGGUGGAGAAGGAGCAGGAAAGGGUUAAAACUGCGGGGUUCUGGAUCAUCCACCCUUACAGCGACUUCAGGUUUUACUGGGACUUAAUCAUGCUCAUAAUGAUGGUUGGAAACCUUGUCAUUAUACCUGUUGGAAUCACAUUCUUCACAGAACAGACAACAACGCCAUGGAUUAUUUUCAAUGUGGCAUCAGACACUGUUUUUCUAUUGGACUUGAUCAUGAAUUUUAGAACUGGAACUGUAAAUGAAGACAGCUCUGAAAUAAUACUGGACCCUAAAAUCAUUAAGAUGAAUUACUUGAAAAGCUGGUUUGUGGUUGACUUCAUAUCAUCAAUACCAGUGGAUUAUAUCUUUCUCAUUGUGGAAAAAGGAAUGGAUUCAGAGGUUUACAAGACAGCAAGAGCACUUCGUAUUGUGAGAUUUACAAAAAUCCUCAGCCUGUUACGAUUGUUACGCCUUUCAAGACUGAUUAGAUACAUACAUCAGUGGGAAGAGAUUUUCCACAUGACAUAUGAUCUUGCCAGUGCUGUGGUGAGAAUCUUUAAUCUGAUUGGAAUGAUGCUGCUGCUGUGCCACUGGGAUGGUUGUCUGCAGUUUUUAGUACCAUUACUCCAGGAUUUCCCACCAGAUUGCUGGGUGUCGCUAAACGGUAUGGUUAAUGAUUCCUGGGGGAAGCAGUACUCAUAUGCACUCUUCAAAGCCAUGAGCCAUAUGCUCUGCAUUGGUUAUGGAGCCCGUGCCCCUGUCAGCAUGUCUGACCUCUGGAUAACCAUGUUGAGUAUGAUUGUGGGGGCUACUUGUUAUGCCAUGUUUGUUGGUCAUGCCACUGCCCUCAUUCAGUCACUGGAUUCCUCACGGCGACAAUAUCAAGAAAAGUACAAACAAGUGGAACAGUACAUGUCAUUCCACAAGUUACCUGCUGAAAUGCGCCAGAAGAUCCAUGAUUAUUAUGAGCACCGCUACCAAGGCAAGAUAUUUGAUGAAGAAAACAUUUUGAAUGAGCUCAAUGAUCCUCUCAGGGAGGAGAUUGUCAACUUCAACUGUCGGAAGCUGGUUGCUACAAUGCCUCUUUUUGCUAAUGCAGACCCAAAUUUUGUGACUGCCAUGCUAAGCAAACUGCGAUUUGAGGUAUUCCAGCCUGGAGAUUAUAUUAUCCGAGAAGGGGCUGUGGGUAAAAAGAUGUAUUUCAUUCAGCAUGGUGUGGCUGGUGUCAUCACCAAAUCCAACAAGGAGCUGAAGCUGACAGAUGGCUCAUACUUCGGAGAGAUUUGUCUCUUGACCAAGGGCCGUCGAACUGCCAGUGUACGAGCAGACACAUACUGUCGCCUGUAUUCCCUCUCAGUGGACAACUUCAAUGAGGUUCUGGAAGAGUACCCCAUGAUGAGAAGGGCUUUUGAAACAGUGGCAAUUGAUAGACUUGACAGGAUAGGGAAGAAGAACUCAAUUCUCCUACAGAAGUUCCAGAAGGACCUCAACACCGGGGUUUUCAACAACCAGGAGAAUGAGAUCUUGAAGCAGAUCGUGAAGCACGACAGGGAGAUGGUGCAGACCAUCGCCCCAGUGAGCUUGCAGCAGAUGCCCACCAUGAACUCCAGCACCUCCGCUUCAUCGUCGCGCGUCAGGACGCAGUCUCCUCCAGUGUACACCGCCAGCAGCUUGUCCCACGGAAACCUGCACUCCCCCUCGCCCAGCACACAGACGCCCCAGCAGGCUGCCAUCCUCUCGCCCUGCUCCUACACCACUGCCAUCUGCAGCCCGCCCGUACAGAGCCCUCUGGCCGGCCGAACUUUCCAGUACGCCUCGCCAACAGCCUCGCAGCUCUCCCUCAUGCAGCAGCAGCCGCAGGCGCCCCAGCAGCCCCCUGGGUCUGCGCAGAAGAACGAGGUCCACAAGAGCACCCAAGCCCUCCACAACACCAACCUGAGCCGGGAGGUGCGACCCCUGUCUGCCUCGCAGCCUUCGCUGCCUCACGAGAUCUCCACCCUCAUCGCCAGGCCUCACCCCACCGUAGGAGAGUCCCUUGCCUCCCUCCCGCAACCUGCUCCUGGCCCUGGCGUGCCACCAGCCAGCCGGGCCACCGUUCCCCAGCGGGUCUCGCUCUUCCGACAGAUGUCCUCGGGAGCCAUCCCCCCAAACCGGGGGGCCAUGCCACCCACAGCUCCCCUGCAAAGGGAUUCUUCCACAGUCUUAAGCACAGAGCCCGAGGGAGACAAACCACGGUUUGCGUCCAACUUGUGAUCCCUGGAAACUGUGAGCAACGGACUUGUACCGAACCAAGCACCGUCCCCAGAACUGUUUUAGCCUGUUUCCUAAUGUACCACAGCAGUCUGCUAUCAGAAAAAAUACUUUAGACAGCUUUGCCCUACAUAACAAAUGUAAAAGUUAUAUAUGUAUAAAAAAAAAUAUAUAUCAAAAAAAAAGAAUUAAAAAAACUUGUUUGAAUUCAUGUCUUCCUUUCUUGCAACCAUCAAACAAGUCUAAAUUCAGCUGUAGUAUUACUUACUUUUAACAUGUCAACUUCAAAAUCAGUCCAACAGAUUUCUCUGUUUAUGAGAUUUAAAAAUUGUCAACACUAUAACAAACUUCAAACAAGUAUAUUAAAAAAAAGAGAAAUAGCAAUCUAACACAUAGCACUGACUGAGUGAUAUUCUGCAACCCGUAUUAUUUCAUUUAUUGCAUACACAUCGUUAAUUAAUUUCUCACGAAGAAUUCAUUCGUAAUUUACCAUUGCAUUUCAUAUGUUAGCACUUCCUGUUGGGAAUUAGAUUGGAAAAGAAAAAAAUUGCGAGUCAAAAGGCUAGCACUAGCACUCCUCUGGAUAGGUUGUAACCUCAUGGCGUGUCAACCCUUCUGUUAUUUCAGAAAACUGGGUGGACUUUGAUCUUCAUAUUGCUACAGACUUUUACAAAGACUACAAAUAUUGUUAUUGUAAAUAACUUUCCAGACCCAAACAAAAAUAGCUGCUGUGUGGUGUACCAUUGCAAGGUCUUUGUUUAGGAAUUUAGAUUCCGCUCUUCACUUCAAAAUUUACUGUUUUAAAAUUUGUUAAAGCUAAGUGCAACACAACUGUUAAAUUGUAAUGCAAUGGCUUAAAACCUACGAUGUUACUUUUACAUGCAAUGUUUUAUGCAAAAUUGUACGCUUGAUCCCGCAAACCGCUUGUACUUCACCAAUACCAUCAUUUUCCCUCUCCUUGCCCUCAGGAGCAUCCGAGAAUACUCCAUGCAUGCUUUCGGAAAAAAAAAAAAGAAAAAAAAAUGACCAUAAAAAUAGGUUCAGUCAGCUAUUGUAGGAAGAGGCUUUAUGGUAUCUUAGAAAAUAAUAAUGUUUCAUGAAUUAUGUCUACCUUAAAAUUCCUAUAAUGCUGACAUUGAAUCUCUGGUUUAAGUCUAGAAGUGAGGUUUUUCAUUUAAAGGAUUAUUUGUAAACCACAGCUUGAUUUAGGCUUUCAGGUGCUUUCUGUGUCUUCACUGUAGUUUUGUAGUUGACUGUGGUGUUAAUUUACAAAAAUAAAUAUAAUAUAGCAUCAAGUCUGUCUGGAAAUGCACGAUUUGCUCUAUGUAUAUUGUAACUAAAUGGAUAGUAUAUCCUAAGGCAUGUAGUGUCAAACAUAGCCCAUAGGUACGAGGUUUAUUAUUUUUUAUGUCUUCAAACCAGAAAGGAAAUGGUGACAGAAAGCAGGGGUAUAGCAUACUGUUUUGUGAAAGUUUUGUUUUGUUUGCUCAGACCUUCACAUUAUCUUAUCCACAAAAAAAAAAAAAAAAAAAAGUUCUUUCGUAAUCAUUUGUGCCUGAUUUGUCACAUUAAAUAGAGAUUGAAACUAAAUGUGUCAUAAUUUAACUCAUUGAAAAAUCAGCAUUUUGAAUAUGAUACAAGCAUAUAUUCUGUUCCUUAAAAGCCAGCUGACUCAUGUUAAGGAAAUGGAUGCAAAGGAGUUCUUUGUUUUCCAUUAACGCUGAGUUCAACGAUGCAUGGAAAAAUUAAAUAACAUCACAAACUACGUAAUGCAGUGAAUCCAGAUGUACUUGAGAGCCAAGUAAAUGUUAUGAAGCUAACAGAGCUUGAACCCAUGCUGCCUGUUAUGCCUUUUACUGAAGUGGUACAUCAAAUAAAAAUGUUAAAAAAAUCUUCCAGUUUUUGCUGACUCCCACUCACCAGUAAAAACCAAUGUAAUUAACCCAUUAACAUGCUGCUGCCAUUAAUUUAAGUGGCCCAAAGGAGUAUAUGGGGAAGUAAUUAUUUAAAAGUGUUUUGAACAUUAUGGAUACGCUGCAAGACCAUUUAUUUAUCAGUAUGAUAACCCUUCUAUUGUUUUAAUACUAACAAAUUGUGUCAGUUAAUUAAGAUCAUAUAUGAUCUUUCAAACUGUUUAACGUUUACAUUUAAUAGGAGAUAUGGGGUUAGUAGCGAAAUAUUUUUAUAUAUAUUUUUAUUUUCUUUUAAGCACUAUGAAGAAAUAUUAAUUCACAUGGUCUUUCAGUGAAACCAUAAAUAAUUUUUAAUGACUUUGUAAUAGAGUGGACAAUAUCUAGGAUUUGUAUGUUAAUUAAAAAAAAUGGUACAGGGUAUAAAAUUAUAUACGUAUAUAUAUAUAUGUAUGUAUGAAUGUAUAUAUACUUAGAUUAAGAAAAAAAUGACUCACAUUCCUGUAAUAUAAAGAACCAUUGCUAGUUUCAGAACUGACCUGUUUUCUCUGUACAUAAGUACGCCCAUAAGUAUGAAAUCUCAUGAAAUCUGUACAGGAUGAAAUGUAUUAAUGCAAAAGGUUGGCUCUUACUGCUGCUGGGAAGACUAUAGAUCUGAUUCUUACAAUAACUGUAUGAUCAGGGAUGAGUUAGAUUUUUUUCUUUUGUCUUUGCUCAAAGCCAUAAAUAAAUAUAUACAAAAGAUUAUUAAUAAAUUGAAGAAAAUAUAUAUAAAAAAAAUCAUGAAUUUUUUUUUGCAAUAUCUUUAUAACUGAGCAGGUUUUUCAUUACCAUGAGGGAAGAACAGUGUCCUCUUUUCUUUGUUCUGAGCCUCAAAAUUGACAUGCACUAAGUAUGGGGAGGUGGGGAAAAAAACUUCCUGGGUAAUUAUGUGCACUGUUGGAAAAAGAGGGCUUAGAAAUUUGAGGAUACUACCUGAUUUACUCAAGCAGUUCCUAAACUAUAUUUCCUCUGUAGAUUAGAGGAGUUCGUUGUGUUAAAACCAUUUACCCCACAAAAUUCUCAUUUAAGCCAUUACCACUAACCUGUCAUGUUUCUCGAGUACUACUAUUUGAAACUGCAAUUUGCUUAUAUAUGAAAUUCUAAAUAUCCUGGACAUCAAUCCUGAGUAGCUGUUAGUAUAACUUAUGGAAACUUAUAACUUUCUAUCAUAUUUUUACUUUAUCUUACUAUGUGUGCCAAUCCCAGGCGAUGAACCUCUGAACUUGUCUGUAAUAGUUGAAAUUUCAGGGGAACAUUGAUGUGGAAGUAGUGUUAAUUAAUAAGGCUAAUUACAUUUUAGGUCAUUGUGAAGGAAAAAGCAUAAUUUUGUUUCGUUAUUAGGUUUGGAUUGAGUUUGGGGUUUUUUUUUUUGCAUUAAUUUCAGUAGGAUCAAUAUAAUUUGAGGUUGAUAAACUUUCAUUUUAAGCAUGCAUUAGUAAUUGGAUUUUUAAGUUGCACCCUGAAUUGCAGUGUGAAUUCUUUACAGUGUUAUUUAAUUAUUUUUAAAAAUAUAUAGUUCCAUUCCAAUUUUAGACAAUGAAAUGAUUUCCAAAAGGACAAGCAUCAUACUAGGAUAUUCUUGCUCAGCAGCAAAAUUUGAUUCUCCUACCUACAUUUGACCAUUGCACAGAGUACUUUGCUGCAUGGCCCAGUCUUACUAUUUCAUACAUGUUUGUGUACAGAACCAAAAGGAACAAAAUGUUUUUAAGUGAUAUGUCAUUAUCACUACAUAUGAUAAUGGUAUGUACCCAUAAACCAAUGUAUAUAUUAUUAAAAUCUCUCUGUUUCUAGUAUAUUUAUCUACCUUGGCUUACUUCCUACCUUACCUUAAUUUUAGGUGACAGCAGAACUGGAACCAAAGUAAAUUUUAUUUUAAACAGCAAACUUUCAUGUCUUGAGGCAUGUCACUAAGAGCUAAGCUUAUUAUUUCUAUUAUCAUAAUUUACUCACGAGUUCUCACGCCGGCUUCAGUAUUUCUAGCCAUGUGAGUUCUUUUCUGCUUCAUAGAUGACGUUGUCCAGUGAAUAAAAAUAUUCUGUUUUCAAAAUAAGGUCUUCGAUUUUUAAAUAAAUCUGCAAUUCAGCUGCUCUGGGAACACGCAGUGGCAUCAGUAAUUUCUGCUGUUCUGACAUCCUCAACACAAAAAAAUGUUACAAGAUAGUAACAGACAGUGUUUGUUUAGAAAGCAUGGGUCUGAGCUACAAGGAUCAUGUGGAACAAUCUAGAAAAUGCUAUUAGAAUUGCAUGGACAAAUUUAUUUGGAGAUUUUUCUUUUUUUUUUUUUGGCAGCGAAGAGUCUUAAUAUUGCCCUAGACCAUAUCCUCUGAAAAACAUGUUUUGAAUAUUGAAUCUGUACGGUUUUACCAACAAUCAGAAUCCAUUCUUAUUUGCAUACUUAGUAAUUUGGAUCAUCUGCUUGAUGGGUGUGUUGGGUCGUACAGGCAGAUGCAUAAUUUCUGGUCUAUGGUUAAUUCCCACAACAAUAUUGAAGACGUGCAAUAUCUUAAGAACUCAAAGUAGCACUGAAUUUUUCAGGUCAAGAUAGAGGAACAUUAGAAAGAGAAGCAUGGUGGUAGUACACUAGCAGAGUGACCAACUGAAUUAAUUGAGUUUAAGUCUGUCUGUGUGUAUUCCAUAUAUAUUUAAAAAUGCUGUUAUAUGUGUGUGCACCCAGUUAGAAAAGAUACAUGUUGUGAGAAUGAAAACCACAUUUACCAACUCCAUUAGAUGAUUUAGAGGUACACCAUGGCUCAGGUGAUCCUUGGCCUAUGAAUUGACAGACUCAAGCACACGUUUUAAUUGAAACUAAACCCUGGCCCAUCCUUGAAAUGGUUCCAGAUAUAGAAUCAUAGAACAGUUUGAGUUGGAAGGGAUC